CACCCACUCUUCGAAUACAUACAUUCUCAGCCACAAACACUUUUCCUAAGCUUAUCUCUUUGCUAUUCCCCAUUAAUCAUAGAGCCAAUCCAAUAUCAACCUUAUGCGUUUCUCUUCUCUCCUCCUGUUCCUUUGCUUAAAUAAAAUCUUAACCUUGUUCCUCAAAAAAAUAAUUCAAUCUCAAUCUCUUCAUCUGUUUAUAAUGGCGUUCGAGGGUGUUCUUAUUAAUGGUGCAUCUGAAAUGUUGAAAAAUCUGGUUACUCUACUUGGAAAUGAGAUUAGCCUUGCUUGGGGUGUCAAGGAUGACCUGAAAAUGCUUAAACAGACAUUGGAGGUUAUUGAGGCUAAAACAUCCGAUGCGGAGACCAAGCAGGUGAACGAUGCUGCGGUUUCACUUUGGUUAAAAAUGCUCAAACAAGUUUCUUACGAUGCUGAUGAUCUUCUGGAUGAAUUUUCUUACGAAGCAAUGCGCCGAUCUUAUAAGAAAAGUAAGGUAAAAGUCUUCUUUUCAUCCUCCAAUCAACUCGUCUUUCGUUUUAAAAUGUCUCAUAGAAUCAGAGUCGUCAAUAAACAGUUUAAUCAAAUAGCAACCGCUAUGGAAAGAUUUCAGUUUCAAACUACUAGCAGUGGUGGAUACGACGAGCAACAUAAUAAGCGGCUAACUACUUCAUUCUUUGGAGAUGCUUCAAAAUUUGUAGGAAGGGAUGCUGAUAAAUCAAAGAUAGUUAAGCUGUUAACAACGAUGAGCAUGUCUUCGCCAUCUUCUUUACCAUCAACAUCUUCUGUAAAUUCUUCUAAUCAGCUAGAAAAUGUCUCCGUCAUAUCCAUAGUUGGUAUGGGGGGACUUGGAAAGACCAGCCUAGCACAAUCUAUUUACGAUGAUAAAUCAGUAGAAAACCAGUUUGUAAAAAAGAUGUGGGUUUGCAUCUCCGAUGACUUCGAUGUCUUUAAAAUCUUAAAAAACAUUAUGGAGUCUGCCACUAAUUCUAGAUGCGAAGAUUUUUCAAACAAUGACAUAUUAGUAAAAAAAUUGAGAGAAAAAUUACAAGGAACAAAAUAUUUGCUAGUUCUAGAUGACUUAUGGAAUGAAGAUCCCAUAGAGUGGAAUAAACUUAAGAGUGUCUUAGAUUGCUGCGGUUCUGUUGGUAGUAAAAUUAUAGUCACUACACGCAGCCAAACAGUUGCAUCGGUGGUGCAAGGUUUAAUUCCUCCUUACAAUCUAAAUGUAUUAUCCGAAGCGGAGUGUUGGUCUAUUAUAAAGAACAGAGCUUUUUCUCCGGGUGGAGCAUCUGCGACUACAACUAUGGAAAUCAUAGGAAAGCAAAUAGCAAAAAAAUGUGGAGGUUUGCCGCUUGCUGCAAACUUCUUUGGUUGUCUUAUGCACUCACAGAGUGAGGAGAGGCAGUGGUUGUCAAUUAGAGACAACCAAAGCUUAGAAACACCAGGAGAAAAUUACAGUGGGGGAAUCAUACCGAUAUUGAAAUUGAGUUACGAUAAUUUACCAUCCCAUUUGAAACAAUGUUUCUCGUACUGCUGUUUAUUUCCCAAAGAUUGGAGAUAUGAUAGAGAAACAUUGAUUCAAUUGUGGAUGGCAGAAGGAUUCAUUCAUCCGCCAUCUAAUGGAGGAAAUCGAAACUCAUUAGAAGAUAUUGGUAAUGAUUACUUCCUUAGUUUGUUGUCCCGGUCUUUCUUUCAAGAUGUGACAAGGGAUUUAAACUUGGGUGACAUUUCAUCGUUCAAAAUGCAUGAUCUUGUACAUGAUCUUGCCUUGAGCGUUGUUGGCAGUCAUGAAGUCACGAUUAUGAAGACUAGUGAAAUGAAAAAUGACAUGUCUCAAAUUCGUCGGCUACGGUUAAUCAUGGAAGGGAAACCACAAGAAGAAGAAUCUGAUGUAUUAAAAAAUGCAACAAGAUUGCGGACAAUUCUUUACCAAGGAAAAGCUUUUGUUUUUCUGAGUCCACCGAGUAACAAGCGUCUUCGUGUAAUACAUCGGUUAGGUUUUGAACCUGGAAGUCUAAAAACUAUAUCUUCCACUUUCAAGUUUAAACAUAUGAGGUACCUUGAUCUCAGUUAUUCUAAUCUUGAAGAUGUUCAUGCCGUGUCCAUUCAUCAACUCUACAAUCUGCAAACUCUCAUCCUUCUUCAAUCCAAAAAUGUUCAAAACAUUCUCAACGGAAUUGGCUCUCUGAUAAAUUUGCGACAUCUAAAUCUCUCUUCUUCAGACGCCACAGUUUUACCUGAUUCCGUUACGAUGCUAACCAGCUUGAAGACUUUAAAUCUUGCUUAUUGUGAGGGCAUUACUGUCUUGCCAACAAAUAUUGGGCAUCUCCAGAGUCUAUCGUCCUUGGUUAUUUCUGAUACAAGAAUCUCAGAGUUACCCGAUUCAAUCUCUCUCCUCUGCAAUGUAACGGAGUUUAACUUCAUGGGUUGUUAUCAAUUAAAAGCACUGCCUCGUGACUUUGGAGCUCUGACACAACUAAGGUCACUUGAUAUUCUUGGUACUCAAAUAGCAGAAUUGCCAGAGUCUUUGACUAGCAACAUCUGUAAGUUAGAGUUUGUGAGGUUGGUGGUUUGCAAGCUUCCAAAAGACAUUAAGAAUUGGGUGGAAUUGAGACGGCUGGAGUACUUUGGAAGGAGGGGUAAUCUAAUAAUGCCCGGAGGUAUUGAAAAUCUAACUCGUCUCGAAGAAUUGUAUCCUUUUAUCGUGAAUAAAGAAGAAGACGUCUCCAAUAUCCAUGAAUUAGCAAAUCUAUACUCCCUUCGGGGUUUAGGGAUUCGAAACCUAGAGAAUGUGAGAGGUGGUAAAAUAGAGGCAGAGAAGGCAAAAUUGAAAGGCAAGCAAAACAUUCGAUAUUUGACAUUAUAUUGGCGUAUACGGGAAGAAGAAGAAGAAGAAGAAGAUGAAGUGGCUGUUAAUAAUUCUGUUUUGGUAUUGGAAGGUCUCCAACCUCACCCUAAUUUGGAGGAAUUGGACAUCAAUGGAUUCCCCGGUUUAAAGCUUCCGAAGUGGAUGGGAUCAUCUUCUUGUCUUCCUAAUUUAGUGGAAUUGGAGUUUAAAAACUGCAAGAGUUGUACAAAAUUAGUAGGACUGGGUCAACUCCCGUGUCUUCAGAUUCUUGAGAUUGAAAGAAUGAAUUCAGUCAAGUGUUUAGGCAAGGAGUUUUACUGCCAGCAAGAAGAAGAAGUAGAAGAAGAAGAAGAAAGCAAAGAUUCCGCGACACCUGCUACAACAACAAGAACACUGUUCCCUUCGUUAACUUGGUUGUCCAUCAGGUUCUGUGAAAAUUUAGAAGAAUGGUCUGCACCUCCGCGGCAUGAUAUUUCCUUUCCUUGCCUUGAGAAAGUAGAGAUCAAAGAGUGCGUUAAGUUGACAUCUAUACCAGAUUUAAGAUUAUGGACUUCUUCUCUCACGGAAUUAAUCAUAAAGGAUUGCGAAAAGCUGAAAAGGGAGUAAGGUUAUUUGUAAUGUUUUUCUAAAAAUCUGAUAAUGUUACGAUUUUUACAGGAUUCAAUUUGGGCUACAUGUAAAAAAGGUAGAGACAUGUGGUCUAGUUUACUAAUUCAAUUUUGACAAUUAAUAAUAAUAUUUUGUUGCCUCUGCAAAUAAUUUUGGUGA